GCAGUGGAGCAUGGCUAUGAGCAAUGGAAACCAUGAUUUUGUGAUUCUGAGCAACGGCAGCAUCGCAACCAGUGCUACCAGCCCUAGUCCCCUCACUCCCUGUGAUGGAGACCUUGAAGCCCAGCAGCUCACACCCAAAGAAGCACCAAGGACAAAAGUGAGUCCAAAUGGAUGCCUGCAAGUUAAUGGCACAGUUAAAUCAUCCUUUCUGCCUCUAGACAACCAAAGAGCGCCUCAGAUGUUAGCCCAGUGCUGCCAUCCUUGCCCAUAUCAUCACCCGCUGACUAGCCAUAACAGUCACCAAGAGUGCCAGGCUGAGGCUGGCCCUGCAGCAUCCUCCGCUUUGGCCUCGUGUUGCAUGCAGCCACACUCAGAAUACUCUGCAUCUCUUUGUCCAAACCAUUCACCUGUUUAUCAGACUACGUGCUGUCUUCAGCCCUCUCCAUCCUUCUGCCUGCAUCAUCCGUGGCCUGACCAUUUUCAGCAUCAGCCUGUGCAACAGCAUAUAGCCAACAUAAGACCAUCCAGGCCUUUCAAGUUACCAAAAAGUUAUGCAGCCUUGCUAGCAGACUGGCCUGUGGUGGUCUUGGGCAUGUGCACCGUGUUUAUUGUGGUCUGUGCCUUGGUGGGAGUGUUAGUCCCAGAGCUUCCUGACUUCUCUGACCCACUGCUGGGUUUUGAACCAAGAGGGACUGCGAUAGGCCAAAGACUGGUCACGUGGAAUAACAUGGUGAAAAAUACUGGAUACAAAGCAACAUUAGCAAAUUAUCCUUUUAAAUAUGCAGAUGAGCAAGCCAAAAGCCAUCGGGAUGACAGGUGGUCAGAUGGUCAUUAUGAAAGAGAGAAAAGAGAAGUUGACUGGGACUUCCAUAAAGACAGCUUCUUCUGUGACAUUCCAAGUGAUCGGUAUUCCAGAGUGGUAUUUACUUCAGCUGGAGGGGACACGUUAUGGAAUUUACCUGCAAUUAAAUCAAUGUGCAAUGUAGAUAAUUCGAGGAUCAGAUCCCACCCCCAGUUUGGCGAUCUCUGCCAGAGGACCACUGCUGCAUCGUGCUGCCCCAGCUGGACGCUGGGAAAUUAUAUCGCCAUUCUGCACAACAGAUCGUCCUGUCAGAAGAUCAUUGAGCGGGACGUUACCCACACCCUGAAGCUGCUUCGGACCUGCGCCAAACACUACCAGAAUGGCACGCUGGGGCCAGACUGCUGGGACAUGGUGGCUAGAAGAAAGGAUCAGCUCAAGUGCACCAAUGUGCCUCGGAAAUGUACCAAGUACAACGCCGUGUACCAGAUCCUCCAUUACUUGGUGGAUAAGGACUUCAUGAGCCCAAAGAUGGCCGAGUACACCACGCCAGCUUUAAAGUACAGCAUGCUCUUCUCACCCACAGAGAAAGGGGAGAGCAUGAUGAACAUCUACUUGGACAACUUCGAAAACUGGAACUCUUCGGAUGGCGUCACCACUGUCACCGGGAUUGAGUUCGGUAUCAAACACAAUUUGUUUCAAGAUUAUCUGCUCAUGGAUACUGUGUAUCCUGCCAUAGCCAUUGUGAUCGUCCUUCUAGUCAUGUGCGUCUACACUAAAUCCAUGUUCAUCACGCUGAUGACAAUGUUCGCCAUCAUUAGUUCCUUGAUCGUUUCCUAUUUUCUCUAUCGCGUUGUAUUUAACUUUGAGUUUUUUCCCUUCAUGAACCUCACUGCGCUCAUUAUUUUGGUGGGAAUCGGAGCAGAUGAUGCUUUUGUCCUGUGUGACGUUUGGAACUACACCAAAUGUGACAAGCCUCACGCCGAAACUUGGGAGACCGUCAGCAUCACGUUGCAGCACGCUGCGCUCUCCAUGUUUGUCACCAGUUUCACCACCGCAGCGGCCUUCUAUGCUAACUAUGUUAGCAACAUUACAGCAAUCCGAUGCUUUGGGGUUUACGCAGGCACGGCUAUCUUAGUGAAUUAUGUCUUGAUGGUCACCUGGCUUCCAGCAGUUGUGGUCCUCCAUGAACGAUAUCUCCUCCAUAUAUUCAGUUGCUUCAAAAAGCCCCAGCAGCAGAUAUAUGAUCACAAGAGCUGCUGGACAGUGGCUUGUCAGAAGUGCUACAAAGUACUUUUUGCCAUCUCCGAAGCAUCGCGAAUCUUUUUUGAGAAAGUACUGCCAUGCAUUGUCAUUAAGUUUCGCUACCUUUGGCUGUUGUGGUUCUUGGCGUUAACUGUAGGCGGGGCCUACAUUGUCUGUAUAAACCCAAAGAUGAAGCUUCCCUCCCUGGAGUUAUCCGAGUUCCAGGUGUUCCAGGCAUCUCACCCUUUCGAGCGGUAUGAUGCCGAGUACAAAAAGCUGUUCAUGUUUGAGCGUGUUCACCAUGGAGAGGAGCUCCAUAUGCCCAUCACAGUCAUCUGGGGGGUGACCCCCGAGGACAAUGGUAAUCCACUAAAUCCCAAGAAUAAAGGGAAGCUGACUCUAGACAGCAGUUUUAACAUUGCCAGCCCAGCUUCCCAGGUCUGGAUUCUGCAUUUCUGUCAGAAGCUGAGAAAUCAGACGUUCUUUUACCAGACUGAUGAACAAGAUUUCACCAGCUGCUUCAUUGAGACAUUCAAGCAGUGGAUGGAAAACCAAGACUGUGACGAGCACCCGUGCUGCAGCCAGUGGACAUUUCCCUACAAACAAGAGAUCUUUGAGCUGUGCAUCAAGAGAGCCAUCAUGGAGCUGGAGAGAAGCACUGGCUACCACUUAGAUAGCAAAACCCCGGGACCACGAUUUGACAUCAAUGACACUCUCAGGGCAGUCGUGCUAGAGUUCCAAAGUACCUACCUCUUCACUCUGGCAUAUGAAAAGAUGCAUCAGUUUUAUAAGGAGGUAGACGCAUGGAUUUCAGAUGAGCUGAGCUCUGCUCCGGAAGGCCUCAGCAAUGGUUGGUUUGUCAGCAAUCUGGAGUUCUAUGACCUUCAGGAUAGCCUCUCCGACGGCACGCUCAUUGCCAUGGGGCUCUCAGUUGCUGUUGCGUUUAGUGUGAUGCUCCUUACCACUUGGAACAUCAUAAUAAGCCUUUAUGCCAUCGUUUCAAUAGCUGGAACCAUCUUUGUUACGGUGGGGUCUCUUGUCUUGCUGGGCUGGGAACUCAAUGUUUUGGAGUCUGUCACCAUUUCAGUUGCAGUUGGCUUGUCUGUAGACUUUGCAGUCCACUAUGGGGUUGCUUACCGUUUAGCUCCAGACCCUGACCGCGAAGGAAAGGUGGUCUUCUCUCUGAGUCGCAUGGGUUCUGCCAUUGCAAUGGCCGCUCUGACCACCUUCGUGGCGGGGGCCAUGAUGAUGCCCUCCACAGUGCUGGCGUACACCCAGCUGGGCACCUUCAUGAUGCUGAUCAUGUGCAUCAGCUGGGCGUUCGCUACCUUCUUUUUCCAGUGUAUGUGCCGGUGCCUUGGGCCACAGGGGACCUGUGGUCAGAUUCCGUUACCCAAAAAACUACAGUGCAGUGCCUUUUCCCAUGCCUUGUCUACAAGUCCUGGUGACAAGGGACAAAGCAAAACACAGACCGUGAACGCGUAUCAUUUAGAUCCCAGGGGCCAGAACUCCGAAGUGGAGCAUGAAUUUUAUGAAUUGGAGCCUCUGGCGUCCCACAGCUGUAAAGUCUCUGAGAAGACCACUUACGAAGAGAGUCACAUCUGCUCUGAAUUCUUCAACAGCCCAGCAAAGCGUUUAGGGCUGCCGGUGCAGGAAGCUUACCACAGCGAGCUCAGCCACAACACCAAAAACGACCCAAGCUCUGCCUUGUCCCAGCCCCCUCUUGCGCAGCGCACUGUGUGCCAAUUGUUCUCUCUGAAUCGGGGCUGUAGCUGCCCCUGUACCUACACACAUCUGAAGUACAGCCCGCCCUCCUGCCAGCAGUUGGGUGACUGCUUGUGCCACCAGUGUGCCCCUUCUCCUGGCAACUUUGUCCAGAUCCAGAAGAGUAUGGCACCGCUGAAGGUGGCACAUCAUGUCCCCGACAGCUUUGUGCACCCCGCCCCACACGCCCACCACUGCCCCUGCCUACAGGGAAGAGGGAAGCCACCUGGGAUGCAGAACUCUCUGCCGCGGGAGUUUUUGCUUCACCCAGUACAGCACAUUCAAGCCCAAGAAAAUCCUGGGCAGGCCGGUGUACACAACCUUCAGGGCUUAGAAGAGCAUCUUCCAAAGGUGGUGGAGCCAUUGUCAUUUGCCUGCAGAAGCAUGGGGUCUUUCCGGAAAGCCUUUGGUGAUGCUGAGACCAGCCAGAGGGGGCUCUGUGAAAGCAGAGACACUGAGAACAUGGAGGGCAGCAGAGGAACUGAAAACAAGGAUUCUAGUUUAGUGCAUCAGACUAACAACGCCCAGAGGAAGGUGGAAUUGAGCUUGUCACAGACUGAUGUCACUGCGAAUUCAGAGCAUCUAAAUCAGAACGAACCAAGAUUUCUAUUGAACCACUUCAUGGGAGAGCCUGGGUGUGUGUCCUGCCCAAACAAUCCACAAAAUUGUGGCAGAAUUGUGAGAGUGAAGUGCAAUUCUGUAGACUGCCAGAUGCCAAACAUAGAUGCCAAUGUGCCUGCUGUAUUAACACACUCGGAACUUUCUGGUGAAAGUUUGUUAAUAAAAACACUUUAA